AUGCGUCUCGCCGCUUCUCUUCCGGUUGCGCUACUUCUAGCCACCGCAGACAUGUCUACGGCUACUUCCAGUCCCAGCGUGACCACUGCUCCCACUGUCUCGCAAGAUAUCCCUAGCACCUUCAUCACCACCGCAAGCAAUUGCACGCACACCGGUCCGACUCAUUCCAUGCAUCGUCGCGACACCGAAGCCAUCACCUCUGCUCCAGCUGUCGCACAAUCUGCAAGACCACCGGUAUUCACCUCCGUCACAUGCAUCGAGGAGUCAAACUAUGGGGAGGAGGACGGAUAUGUCAAGCAUAUAUGCAAGACUUUUGAGUACAGGCUCAAGGAGCUGGAGAGCGGUGCUGGAUGUGCCCUGCCGCUACAUAGCACGCUCUGGGGAAUGGCGGCAGUGGCUGCUAUCACCAUGUUGUUUUGA